AUGUCAGAGAGUGUGGUGAGAUUUCUACUGCAGAAGUUUUCGUCCUUGUUGGAAGAUGAGGCCAAGCUCUUGAGCGGGGUCCGAGAUGAAGUUGUUUUCGUGAAAAAUGAGUUGGAUCGCAUAAGAGCAUUCUUGCGAUCUGCUGAUGCCAAGGAAGAUCAAGAUGAAGAAAUCAAAGUGUGGGUUAAGCAAGUUAGAGAGGUCGCUUACGAUGCAGAAGACAUCAUCGAUGAUUUCUUGUAUAGAUUUGAGCAUACCAAGCGACAUGGAUUCUAUGGUUAUUUGUCUAAGAUGGCUCGCGGAAUCAAGAACUUGAAAGCUCGCCGUCGAAUUGCCUCCCAAUUGAAGCUUAUCAAACUCAGAGUUACUGAUAUUUCUGAGGGGCGCCAGAGAUAUGAUUACAAUCUGAGUAGUACGGAGAUCGGGUCGAGUUCGGGAACUAAACCUUGCUACUAUUUUGAGAUUAGAAGCGACGCACGGUUGCUGGAAGAAGCUCAACUAGUGGGCAUUGAACCAAAGAAGCAAGGUCUUUUGAGUUUUCUUAUGGAGGACACCUCUCAACUACAAGUGGCUGCAGUGCAUGGAAUGGGAGGGCUGGGCAAAACCACUCUGUUGAGUUCAGUUUAUAAUGAUUCACGAGUAGAGAAUCAUUUUCAUCAAAUCCAAGCUUGGGUCACUGUUUCACAAUCGUUCAAGCUAGAUGAAGUUCUGAGACAAAUUAUCCAGCAAUUUUUCAAAGCUAUGAAGCUGCCACUUCCUGACGAAGUUGAGAAGUCCACGGACCCCCACUUCCUAAAGACAACCAUUGUUGAUUUUCUUAGUGACAAAAAAUAUUUGGUUGUAUUGGAUGACAUAUGGGAUGUGGAUGCAUGGGAAGCAGUGAAAGUUGCAUUUCGGAACAACAACAAUGGUAGCCGAGUAAUGAUCACUACUCGAAUUGCAGAUGUGGCCUCUUCCUCUACCAAAGAUGUUGGGGGUCAGAUCUUAACCUUAAAUCCUUUAUCUUCUGAAGAUUCUUGGACUCUAUUUCGUGCAAAAGCCUUUCAAGGUAAUGCGUGUUCUACUCAUUUGGAGGAAAUUUCAAGAGACAUCCUCAAAAGAUGUGAGGGAUUGCCUUUUGCCAUUGUUGCAAUAGGAAGCAUGUUGGCCACAAAGGACAUCAACAGGGUAGAUCAAUGGGAGAUUGUUCACCGUUCUCUGCUGGCUGAAUUACAAGGUUUCAUAGAAGAAAUUGAAGGAAGAGCAUUAGAAGAAGUGGCAAAUGGUUGUUUCAACGAACUUCUUAACAGAAGCUUGGUCCAAGUGAAUGAAAGAUAUAAUGAUAGAAGAAUCAGAAGUUGUCGAGUGCACGAUAUUUUAAGGGAAACUAUGCUUCUAAAAUCAAAAGAUCAAGGCUUUGCAGCAAUUACUAAUAAAGAGAGCAAUAAAAGGCUUCCAGAAAGAGUUCGACGCCUAUCUGUGCAUGAAGGAACAAAUAUAGAUGCAUCUGGGGACAAUCAACUAUCUCAACUGCGCUCUUUGCUCUUAUUCACCAAAGAAAAAGAUGUCAGGAAUAAUUUCAUGUCUUCUUUUUCUGAGCAAGGGUCAAGACUUGUCAAGGUGUUGGAUUGUAGAUGUGCACCUACGACUACAUUUCCAGAGAGUAUCACAAAGCUAUACCAUUUGCGAUACCUAUGUUUAAGAGAUACCGAUGUAAGUUCAAUUCCACCCUCUAUUGCGAAUCUUCGACAUCUUGAAACGUUAGACCUCAAAAUGACUCUUGUGCGAGAGCUACCUAGUGAGAUUUUACGAUUACAGUGUUUGCGACAUGUAAUAGUUUAUGAUUAUAGAAGUUUUCCGACAUUGCAUGGCUUUAAGGCUUUAAAAGGAAUGGAAUCCCUUUCUUCCUUGAGAAAACUCUGUAAUGUUGAGGCAAAACAGGGUGAAACUGAGCCUAUGGUAUCCGUAGGAAGGCUAACACAACUGACGAGGUUAGGCAUCCUACAGCUUGGAGCUGAGCAUGGAGGUGCACUAUUCUCUUCAAUUCGUGAAUUAAAGCUCCUUCGUUCAUGA